AUGCAAUGUAGGUGCCUCGAUAAAGCAUCUAUAGUGUCUGAUGCUAAGAGCAAAAUUGAUUAUUUCCCUGAUCCAUGGAGACUCUGCACUGUGACACAAGUUGAGGAACUGAAGAUCUUGCUCUGCAUGUUCCCAAUUUGGGCUUCAGGAAUCAUUUUUUGCUGCUGUACUUUCCUCUGUGAAUGGUUGGCCUAUUAUGGAGUUGCCAAUAAUCUUGUCACCUAUCUAACAACUAGACUUCAUGAAGGGCCUGUUUCUGCAGCAAGAAAUGUUACCAUCUUUCAGGGAACAUGCUACCUUACGCCUCUGCUUGGAUCAUUCCUUGCUGAUGCAUACUGGGGAAGAUAUUGGACAAUCGUUGUGUUCUAUGGAAGUUAUCUCAUUGGAAUCUGCACAUUGACCCUUUCAGCAAUCUUUUCAACUCAAAGUGGUGUAUUCUUCCUUGGAAUCUAUUUGAUUGCAGUAGGGAUUGGUGGGAUCAAGCCAUGUAUAUGUCCCUUUGGAGCAGACCAGUUUGAUGAUACAAAUCAUAAGGAAAGAGCAAGUAAAGCAUUAUUCUUCAAUUGGAACUACUUCACUAGCAACAUUGGUGCACUCAUAGUAGAUGAACAUUAG